AUGGCGGUGGCAACCUCAGGAACUGGUCGCUGUCAGCUAAACAAGGUGGGAGCUCUCCAGCACCAGCCUCCAACUGGCUGUGUGGCUGAGGCCAUUUGUAGAUGGAACAUUUGGAGCAAACUAUACCCCCUGCAUACGGGGCCUGGACAGCUAUUCUCUAGAGAUUGCCACCUGAAGGAACCCCAGGAGACUCUCAAUACCAGUGUGAUGUCUUCUAUGGAGAGAGGAGUUCUCAGCAGGAUCAGUGCAGUCCAUCCUAAGACACUGACUGGAAAGGCAGAAUGCCAGUGUGCUUGCCUAUGGACCCACAGGGGCAGGGAAGACACACGCAAUGCUGGACAGGCAAGCAACGGGAAGUGA